AUGAACCGUGACAUCAGCCCGCCACCUGCAAAAAGACGUAAGAUCGGUUCCAGUAUAGUGACGGCUUCCCACCAGACAGCACCAGCAAGCACACUUGCACCUCUUCCACCACUCAACGCAAACACCUUACGCAUAUUCUCUUGGAACAUCAACGGCAUCACCCCAUUCCUACAAAAACCAAUUACGUCAUUCUUUCAACCCACCGAGUCUAAAGUUACUGCGAGGAGACCUCCAAAAGACGCGAUACCACCAGCGUCCUUGAGGGCGUUUUUACACAGAUACCAAUGGCCGUCCAUACUGUUCCUACAAGAAGUAAAAAUCGCUUCCACAGAUAAAAAAACUCAAGAUAUUGUCAAAGCAGCCCUAAAUUCGCGCUUGCCAGUAGAAUCAACCUCAACGGAUGCGCAGGGCCCGGUAUAUAAUGCAUUUUUCACCUUGCCAACCGAUCAUUUCAACGCCCGUGGACCCGGAGGCCGUGGCAAGAUAUACGGUGUAUGUAAUAUCAUUCGUCGUGAUCUCGCCAACACCUACCAUAUUGGUGUGCGAACUGUAGGUUGGGAUAACGAAGGACGCGUCUCCGUUGUAGAAGUCAAGUCGAGGAGUAGUACCGCAAAACUAGCAAUCUUCAAUAUUUACGCAGUGAACGGAACGGACAAUGCUUAUCGUGAUUCUGCCAUAGGUGCUGUAAAAGGCACAAGACAUGACAGAAAACGCGAGUUCCAUAGCUUACUGAUGGGAGAAUGUAAAGAGCUGGAAGAGCAAGGAUGGGAUGUAUUGCUAGCAGGAGAUAUGAAUGUAGCACUUGAUGAGCGAGAUGGGUUUCCCAAGCUACGUGUCUUCCCACAGGCACAUGUUAUCAACCGAGCAGAUUUCCACGAUAAGCUGCUGGAAAAUAGUGGAAUGGAGAAGAGUAAUGGAUUUGGCGGUGUCGAUGUCUGGAGAAAGAUGCAUGGUGAAGAGCGGCGGUAUACAUAUUUUUCGCCAGGCAGGAAAUGGGGAAGCAGUUGUGAUAGGGUGGAUUACUUCAUUGCUGGAAGGAAGGCAUGGGAGAAGGGAUGUGUCACGGCUUGUGGGAUCAUGGACAGCGAGGAAGAAAUGAUACCGAGUGAUCAUGUGCCUAUUUGGGUGGACUUUGAGAUGAAAGAGGAGGAUGAUAAGUAA